ACACUUCAGUUCGACUGCCGCUCACCUUCUUUGGUAAAUCGCUACGUAUAUUUGGACUCUGCAAAAUAAAUUGGGAAAUAAUUCUUAUCUUUAAUAAGAUUAUAAAUUCAAACAUCAGUUAAAUAAGAUUACAAAGAUGGCACUCCGUUUGAGGCAAUUAAUUAAAACUCCCUUCAUGACUAGGGGAUAUCCUCUUUUAGUUACCAAAGAAAAGACUGAAGAAGUUACACACACCAAAAGUGCUUUGCAGAAAAAACAAACCGGAACCGAUAUACCUAGCGCACAAUACGGUGGUCGCCAUGCAGUGACAAUGCUUCCAGGUGGUGGCAUUGGUCCCGAACUAAUGUCUUACAUUCGUGAGAUUUUCCACUUUUCGGGGGCACCAAUCGAUUUUGAAGUUAUCGAAAUUGAUCCCACAACCGAAGGCAAUGACGAUUUGGAAUAUGCCAUUACUUCAAUUAAACGUAACGGUGUUGCCUUGAAGGGAAACAUUGAAACCAAAUCAGAGGAUGUCCACGAAACCUCUCGUAACGUGGCCAUUCGUAAUGAAUUGGAUUUGUACGUCAAUGUUGUUCAUUGUAAAUCCUUGACUGGCAUUCCUGCCAGACACAAGGAUGUUGACAUUGUUUUAAUCCGUCAAAAUACUGAUGGUGAAUAUGCAAUGUUGGAACAUGAAUCUGUUAAAGGUGUAGUAGAGAGCAUGAAAGUUGUAACAUUAGAAAAUGCUGAAAGAGUUGCACGUUACGCUUUUGAAUUUGCUAGAAAUAAUAACAGGAAGAAGGUUACAACAAUUCAUAAAGCUAACAUCAUGAAGCUUUCUGAUGGUUUGUUUUUGGAAGUCGCUAAUAAAGUAGCAAGGGAAUAUCCUGAAUUACAACAUAAUAAUAUGAUUAUUGACAAUACUUGCAUGCAGCUUGUUUCGCAUCCUCAUCAAUUUGACGUUAUGAAUAUGACUAAUUUGUAUGGAACAAUUGUGUCAAAUGUUAUUUGUGGACUGAUUGGAGGUGCUGGAUUGUUGUCAGGAAGAAAUUAUGGAGAUCAUUACGCUGUUUUUGAACCUGGUACCCGUAACACUGGAACAGCAAUUGCUGGAAAAAAUAUUGCCAACCCUGUUGCUAUGAUUAACGCUAGUGUUGACAUGUUAAAUCAUUUGGGCCACAAGCAACACGCAAAAGUGAUUAGUGAAGCUGUUUACCAGACAAUUGUUACAGAUCGUAUUCACACCCCAGAUUUGGGUGGAAACGCUAGCAGUACAGAUAUUAUUGAAAAUAUUCUCCGAAUCCUAUCAAAGAAACGUGUGCAAUGGCCGCACGAAAACAUUUUUAGCCAAUUUUGAUCUGGUCCGACAUUCCCCAAGUAACUACCAAAAUAUAAAUUAAGUAUAUGUGAAGUGUGUUUUACCCAAAUUGACUGCUAAUGAGAUCGAAAUUUACUGAAAAUCAAAAUUUAUAACACGAAGCGAUUGGUGGUUUACCCCUAAAACUUGAUUAAUAACCUGAGUGAACCUCUUGUCAAAUGGAUAAAUUUUUGUAGUCAGCUGAACUUCGACCAGUUAACAAAAUAAUACACUUCACAAAAACUAGAUACGUUUACGUCAAUUUAAUUUGAUUCUCAAAGAUAAAGUUAUCGAAAUUUUAAAAUAAACUAUAGUAUAAAAAAUAA